ACAUACAUGUCAGGCAUCAAUAUCUCAGGUUGGAACAAGAAUACAGCAAUAAACAUCACAAAACACAAACAUCUUAAUUAAUAUCAAUGGAGAUAAAGCUAUCUCAAGCAGCAAUUUUUUUGGCGAUAAUCUUGUUGGGGCUGAUGCAGAAUAUUGCUGAGGCUCAGGACAGAAACUGCAUAAACAAGCUGCUCCCAUGCAUGAAUUUCUUGAAUGGAACAAGAGGGAAUCCACCAGACAGUUGCUGCAAUCCAUUAAAAGAUGUGAUAAGGAACAUGCCUGAAUGCUUGUGUCAAAUGGUAAGCAUCAAAGGCAGCAACGCCGCGGAGAAAGCUGGAAUUGACAUUAACGAGGCUCAAAUGUUACCUGCUAAAUGUGGACAGCCUGUUAAUUACAUGGGAUGUCUUAAGGGAGCAUCCAAUUCCGCCGGCUACUCAAUGAGAUCUUCAACUAUGACAAUACUACUGGCUGUUGCUUCUUUGCUUUUUGCUCAACUUCUGUGGAGUUCAUGACCUCAAUUUCUGCUUUCUGUUGGCCUCAGUUGAUAGUUUUUUUUUUUUUUCUUCCUAUUUUGUUAACGGCUGAAUAUUGAAUUAGUAUCCAUCUUAUUUAAUUUGUUUCUUUUUCCGUACCUACUCUGUGUAUUGCUGGCUGUAAUUUUUUGGCAUUAUGUAAAGCAAAAGUUUAAUGACAAACGAUCCUUACUGCCC